GCUUUUACUUUGAAAGAGCUAAGCGGAAGCCCUUUGUUUUACAUUCCAGUUAGCUUUAUCACCCUGUUAGCAUUGAAGGAGGAAGUCUCUUUUCUGCGGAUUUAAGGCAAAUUAAACCUAAAUAAAACCUACUUUAGCGAUAAAAACAGACUAUGGACGCGAGUAGGAAGCCUCAGACAGAAGACACCCCGGGACCAGAGGAGAAGGCCAGGCAGGCAGCGGCUGCAGUGAAGGCUGCGAACCGUUUACCUGAGCUGCGUCUGGUGGUGCUGGGUUGGAGGUGGCCGGGGAAAAGCCUGACAGGAAACACCAUCCUGGGGAAGGAGGAGUUCCAUCUGGAGCGAGCGGCUGAGUUCUGUGUGAAGAGACAGGCGGAGGUGCUGGAGCGGCAGGUGACGGUGGUGGACACGCCCGGCUGGUUCUCCGCCCAGGACACUCCCCCCUCCUACAAGCAGGAGUUGGUGCGAGGAGCUUCCCUCUGUUCUCCCGGUCCUCACGCCUUCCUGCUCGUCAUCCCCGUCGGCAUGUUCACCGAGGUGGACCGGCAGUGCAUCGAGGAGCAUGUCAGCCUGUUCGGAGAGAGCGUGUGGAGGCACACGAUCGUGGUGUUCACUUGGGCGGAGGUGCUGAGGAACAUCUCCAUCGAGCGGUACAUCCGGCGGGAGGGCAAGGACCUGCAGUGGGUCCUGGAGAAGUGCCAUCGGAGGUACUUUGUGAUCAAUAACUGUAUAUUCGGAGAGCACCCCCAGGUGGGCCGGCUGCUGGAGAGGGUGGAGAAGAUGGUGGCGGCGGAGGGAGGGUUCUACAACUCGGAGGAGGAGGUGGUGGUGGAAGAGGAGAAGAAGGAGAAGGCUGUGGAGGAGAACCAGAACAGGGAGGGGCGGGAGCUGGGAGCCCGGCCCAAACAGAGCUCAGCGCUGAGUCUGUCCAAAACCGUGGAGGCGCUGUCCAAUUAACGGCGACCAAUCGGAGCGCUCGGACUGCGAAGCUGCUUCCUAUCGGAGGAGGAUUCCACUGAAAGUAAAGAAACGGUGGUUUUAAUUUAUUUUUUAAAUCAGACUGAUUAUUCAUGAUGUUCUUCACUGUGACGAGGCCUUUUAUUUCAUGCUCUCCUCAGACACCCCCCCUGUUAUAGAGUAAAGGGCUGUGUGAAGAGGGUCUUAUUAACGCUGUUACACCUGCAGACGUCUCCCUCUGACCUCCCGGCAGACUGCACUACUCCACUGUUACUUUAAUUAAUAAUGUUUAUAUUCUGCCGCUGGGAUCCUGUAACUGAGUCCUGUUUGUUGUGACCAAACUGUAAAUGCUUUUCCUGUGCUUUUAAAGCCGGUUAUGGAUUAUUAUUGUUACCUAAAUGCAUCUGUAACGUGUUCCUGUCACCAUGUGGAAGCUGAAGGAUGAGUUCUGGUCAUAGAAUAAUCCUUUUAGUGUCAGUAAUUACCUUUUAAAGCAUUUAAAUUGUCUAUUUUUGCAGGUUUUUAGUGUUAAAAAAACAUAAUAUAUUUGGGGUUUCUGGAGCUAAUUUGACAAGAUGAGAUAUUUCCAGCUGUCUUCUGUGGCUUUAGGGGAGAUUAAUGGUUGUUGUACCCCUAUUUUUACAUUAAAUAUGACCUUUUAUUGACCAAAUGAUUCAAAGGUGGAAGCACCCUUUUUUUUUUUACACACAUUUUUUGGUAGAAAUUCUUAAUAAAACUGGUGUUGUCAGACAGUAACACCCCUACUCUU